CCUCAACUUCCAUGCAACGCCAACACCACCUUAAUACUCGAAUUUUGCCAACGCUACAAGAUGUCGUUCCUUGAGGAGUAAAUUCGACUAUUCGUGCUUUACUACAUGAUUAACACUAUCAAUUCAUCAGCGGCAACCCUGUAACGUCAUAUGCCGUCUCACUUAUUUCACAUGAACCGCGAUCAUUUUGGUGAUAAUCUGUAACGAUGGCUGCUGUUACGAACCGAGGUGCGGAUAGGGCUGCUGCCUUAUUUCAAAAAGGCCAGAAGUUUUACAAGGCCCAGCAGUACGAUCUUGCUGAGAAGGCUUUCCUAAAGGCUAUGGAUAUGUGCAACUGUGGCGUUUCCGUCCAGAAUCAGCCGCGUAUUGACAAUGAUAUCUUGUUAGGAAUUAAGAAGAAGGACCUGAAAGGGGCUCUGACAAAGCUGUCAGCCUCCCAACGAUGCAAUAGCCGACUCCAUCUAGAUAUGCUCGACUCCAUUAUUGCUACUUAUGAGGCGCAGGCUAGGCUUGAUGAAGCGCUCGAGUUCUCCUUGAAGAUGGUCAAUCUUUCCCCAAGAGAGCCAAAGAGCUAUCUGCGCUUGGGAAAGGUUCUUAGACUGAAGAACCAGCAGACUACUGCUUAUCACAAUUAUAAGCAAGGCAUAGAGCUCGUCAAGCGAAAGAACCCAAACCAUCCUCUCUUAUCCAAGCUGCACGCCCAGAAGGACAAGGUGCUCCCCUUAGCUUCAUUCGAUCCUAUGACCGAACUUCCCAUCGAGCUUGUGGGGAUAAUAUUCAGGUUUCUAAACACUAGGACACAAUGUCGCUGCUUAUGUGUCUCUAAGACUUGGAAGACUGUCUUGACUACAAAAUCCCUUAGCGACCUGUGGAAGGUCCAGGAGUACACAUUCACCCGGCUCAGACAACCAUCUUCGCCAAGAAUCUUCGCAAGUUUCGCAUCCAACUGGAAUUAUGCGGGUCGAAGUAUUACAGAGCUGUCCGUUGAUGGUUGCGCCCAGUUCUUAAAAAUCGGUAAACUUGAGCGGCUCUUCCGCUUCUUCCAGGACCUCAAGGUUCUGAAGCUAAGAGAACCACAUGCAGUUCUUGAUUUAGGAGCGUUGCCGGAGACGACAAAAAAGCCUAAACUUAAAAGUGUCUAUUUAGGUCACGGAGUACAACCCUCACAUAGGCUUUUACGGCAAUUGCUCGAGUCUUCUUCUGCUUCCCUAGAAGAGCUCUCUGUCUUUAGAUUUCCAAAGAACGAACAUGAACAUUGGCUCCGUGACUGGCCAAAGCUAGAAAAGUUAAAGGUUAUUCGUCUUUUGGGUUCAAAUGUAAUUGAUGCUUUGUCACCGACUAAUAUCAGCCGCCUUAUUGAAUUGGCUCCUAAUCUAGAAGAAGCCUGGAUCGAUCCUUUUACUUGGGACCUCAUGCCGAUGAUGUGUGGCUGGCGAAGACUACAAAGCAUAUCCGUAAGGAUACGCAUGCAAUUUGGCGGUCCUAAUCCAUUCGCACAUGUUCACGAGCAAUUGCGCGAGUUCCAUCUGGAAAUGCCCCCUGGGAUAAGAAUUCUUGGCCUACUUUUAGACGGUACUCUUCCCCAGGAUUCUCGCCCUUAUUUUCAAAAUAUGGAGAAACUGUCAGUACUGAAUUCCUCAAAACCGCCUAGUGGAUGCAUGUUCGAGUUUUUUGUUAGGGGUGGCCUGGAAUCCGGUACUUUACGAGAAGUACAUUUCGACCCGUUGCCUGCCUCGGACUUCUUUGGAAACUCACGAGUUCCUACAAUCCCUACUUGGCUUAGAAGCGACAGUGUCACCUAUUUCAGCUUGACGGGAUUCGCGCGAGAUGGUCUUCAUGAACACAGAUUACUGGAGGAUGUUGUGCUCGAAAUAGCUAGCCGUUUCCCCAACUUAUCCACUGUGGACGUGUCCAAUGAGCCGUUCCCUGACACCUUACUAGCGAAGCUCAUCCAGAGAGGUGUCAAGACGAUCUACUGUCGGCCGGCACUGCCUAAGGUAGACCUUAGUGUCUGGGCUUCUCGCAAAUUUGGGGCACAGAUCAUCACCGGUCUACCGCCUCACAUACCCGCAUACCACCCAGACCAGUGCCGAAAUACUACCGCUCUCCCAUACUUCGACCCAUCCGUUUUCUAAUAUUCGUUCAGUGGAUAUGGCCUUUUUGAUUCCUGUAUGUCCACGUACUCGGAUAAAAUGGACGACAUUGCGGAAAUUCCAUUUCUUCUCGUCGCUGGCACAAGGCUAGGUUGGUCUACUUCACCGUCCCACUUGAGAUGCUCACUUCCCUCGGAUUCUUUAGAGUUUAUGUGCAAGGAGUUCCGGUUCAUAGGCGGACAACUGGUACUUCCCACGACGAGCAUAGCAGCAGGAUGUCAAGGUUUGCGCUUGUCUCUACCAACGAUCCCUGGAGGUCGGAAACAUAGAUCUAGCAAAGCAUGAUCGCGGUAGUUAACACCUGCCAUAAUACAUAAUUCAUAAUUC